AUGAAACAAAUCGACGCCAGCAAUGGUCAGGUGUUUGCAGUGGAUUUCCAGGGCAACGUGUACACCAGAAGGGCUGAAUCCUGGGCCAGAGUGCCAGGGAACCUUGGCCACGUCACUGUGGGUGCGGCUGGAGUCUGGGGAGUUGGCAAGGACCAAAAACUUUAUCGAUUGGUUGACGGAUCCUGGGCUAUGUUGGCAGGACUGCUGAUGCAAGUCGAUGUUGGUGGGGAUCAGAUUUUGGCCGGGGUUGACAGAAGCAACAAUAUAUUUUGUUCCAACAAGAAUGCCACAGUCGCAGCAGCCAGCUUUUCCACCCCAGCUUACAGUCAAAUCCACGGCAAGAUGAAGUAUUACUCCUGUGGACCCCAGACUUGCUGGGGCGUCAACGCUAGGGGCUACAUCUACUGCCGAUUGCACGUCCACCCAAAGGCCUGCAUUGGAUCGCAUUGGCGGAGGGUAUCUGGCAGAUUCUUGAUGGUUGAGGUUGGAACGGAUGGCACUGUCUAUGGAAUAGGACACACUGGGAUGAUCUUUCGCAGAGUUGGGAUCUCUACAAGGAAACCCGAAGGGACGAAAUGGGUCCUCCUUCACUUCUUGGGCAGGAGGUUCCGGCACGUUUCGGCCGAUCUCGGAACUCUCUGGCUGGUAGAGACCAAGGGUACCAUCAUUCGUUGCCACUGAAGUCGUGAGAGUGGCACCAGCACGGAGGAAACCAUUUGGCAGAAUAUUGCAGUUUUGUGAAAGAGAAGUUCCCUCUAUCUGUCUAUGUCUCUGUGUCUGCUGGAUUUUGAAUUAAAGUGUGGCUCU